AUGAAAAAUAAAUAAGAAAAAAAGAAAAUUAUUAAGUUUGUUGAAAUUUUCAAAGAAAUAUUAGAAGUAAUACUCAAGAAUAUUGUAGAAAUCAGAAUAUGAUCAAAUAAUUAAAUGGGAUAAUGAUGGAUAAAAAAUUAAAAUUUUUGAUAAAUCUAAGUUAUAAUUAGAAGUAUUACCUAAACAUUUCAAGCAUGGAAAUUAUGCAAGUUUUUUAAGGUAAAAAUAGAAUUGAAAAUUAAGAUAAUUAAAUCUUUAUGGUUUUAUAAGUUGUAAAGAUUAAGAUGGUAUACUAACUUAUGAAAAUCCAUAUUUCACUAAAAAGGAAAUUCAAAUGAGAAAGAUACAAAAAAAACAAUAAAUUUAUAUUGAAAAAUAGUCUUUGGAUGAUAUCUUUAUGAAUGAGUAUGAAGAAUUAAAGAAAACAAUUAUUGAUUUAAAAUAAGAAUAGAUAAAUAUUUAAUAAAAGCUAAUUCAGUCUGUUUAACAUUAAUAGUAAUGCCAUUUACAUUGUAAAUUAAUAAUAGAUGUAAUUUUUAUUGAUAUUUAUUAAUAGUAAUUACUAACAAUAAAAGAAAUUUAAACAAGAAGAGGUACUUUCUUUAUUGAGAGUAUAAAGAUGAUAGUGAAAGCAAUGAAACCUGAAACUUGUAUUUUAAGAAUUUUAUUUAAGCUUCUUCAUUUGAGUAUUUGAUCAAAUGUGUUUUUCCUAAAGAAUGUGAUAAUGUAAAUAUUUAAUGUAAAGAUGAUGGAGUAAUUGAGUAGUAAUAGUAUGUUAAUUCUCCAGCUCCAUUUGGCAAAGGAGUAAUUGAUAAGAUAGGAGAGUAUUUAAAUCAUAAAGAUGAUGAAUUUAAUCCUGAAACUUUGGAACCAGUUUGGUUUUGUGGUUAUUCUGAGCAGGAUUUUAAUUUUUUUGGUUUUGAAUUGUGA